UCGCUCGCUCGCUCCAACCCUUUUGUGGAAAUGGACUUAAAGCUAAAUUAUAUGAAGUGAGUGGCUGUGACUUUAAAAUUCUGUGCCAUUGAAUUGAAUUCCUCUUUUCCUUUUCGCAAGUUGAUUGUAGCGUUCAAAGGCAGAGUGGGGGGACGAGAGGGAAAAAGGAUCACUCUUUUAUCUUGCUUCAUUGUUUUGACGAUUCCCCCUGCUUUACUCUGUUGCUUUAGUUUCCCCCUUCUUUCUUCAAUUUCUUUUUAUAAUAGUAUUGGGGGUUGAGAGACUCUAUUUGUCGAUUUUGUUGGGCGUGUCUUGUUUGUUUCCGAAGAAAAUGGAUGGUGGGGUGAUGUUGAUUCCAGAAGCUCCACAGCUGCUACUCCUACUUACUAUUUAUUAAUAAGCCAGCACCCUUCGAUUGGGUUUCCUUCAAUUAGAAGAAAGAUCGUUGAUUUUUGUUUCUUUCCUGGACCUCCCUUCUGGGUUCUGGUGUGGUAAUUCAGUUAACUGAGAUGGUAAUCAGCAGCAGAGCAGGAGGAAGUGAAAGAUGUGAGCAGGUUUUGGCUCCAUUUCUCGUCAACAGUUGAAGAAGCUAGGGCUCUGUUUGCGUAUAGGUUGCUAGAUACUUGACUCUCUAUAUUCCUUUGGUGAAGAGACUAUGAUGAGCUCACCAACAACUCAACUAGCAAUCUUGAGAGGAAUGGGGAUCUAUGAGCCAUUCCAGCAGAUCAGCUCAUGGGCAACUGCAGCAGCUGACCCUUUUAGAGGGGAUAAUAAUAAUAACACUAUCCUCAAUAUUACUCCCUCCCCGAUUCUGCCACAGGAUAACAACACUGCAGCACCUGAAAACAAGUCUGCUGAGAAUGGCUCCCAUGAGUCAACUGAUCCUUCCAAAAGUGACCAAGAAGCUGGAGGCGGCCGACCUGAUAAGACACAGAGACGAUUGGCACAAAACCGUGAAGCUGCAAGAAAAAGCCGGUUGAGGAAGAAGGCAUAUGUGCAGCAACUAGAAACAAGCCGUUUGAAGUUGGUCCAGUUAGAGCAAGAACUUGUCAGAGCUAGGCAACAGGGUGCAUACAUAAACAAUGGGCUCGAUUUUGGAAUGCCUGCAGCAACCUUGAAUUCAGGAAUCGGGACGUUUGAGAUGGAAUAUGCACAUUGGGUAGAAGAGCAACACAAACAAGUGGCCGAGCUGAGGAGAGCGCUGCAAGCUCACGUCGGCGACGUGGAGCUGAGGAUGCUGGUGGAGAAUGGGCUGAACCACUACGCCAAUCUCUUCCGGAUGAAAGCAGACGCCGCCAAGGCCGACGUCUUCUACCUCAUUUCAGGGAAAUGGAGGACCUCCGUGGAGCGGUUCUUUCUGUGGAUUGGUGGGUUCCGUCCAUCAGAGCUUCUCAAUGUUCUGCUGCCACAGCUGGAGCCAUUGACCGACCAGCAACACGCCGAAGUGUGCACCCUCCGUCAAUCAUGUCAGCAAGUAGAGGAUGCUCUGUCUCAAGGGAUCGAGAGGCUGCAGCAGACUCUGUCACAGAGCAUGGCGUUGGAUCAAAGCAUUGGUGGAAGUUACAGGGUUCAGAUGGCUGCCGCCAUUGAGAAGCUGGAGGGGCUCGAAUCAUUCGCUAACCAGGCGGAUCAUUUGAGGGGUCAAACUCUGCACCAUAUGGCUAGAAUCCUGACGACGCGCCAAGCUGCUCGCGGGCUGCUUGCAUUGGGAGAGUACUUCGAGCGCCUUCGUGCCCUCAGUUCGCUAUGGGCAGCUCGUCCUCGCGAGCCCACAUGAAACCCUUUUUCGGGUUGCAGAAGCAACAACACAAAGCAUCCAAAAUAUGGCGUAUGCCUAAAUCAUUGAUGAUCGUAGCUAUGGGCUGGUGGUGGUGGUGUGUAACGCAAAGAACCCAUCACCUGCUCUACGUAUUCAUGAUGCCUCUGUUCAGGCCAGGCGCAAGCAGAAGAGGGUCUAUUAUGUUAUUAUGCAAGUCCAUUUGUAUCUAAGUAGUCGAUCUUCUUUCCUAAGAACAAAAAAAAAAAAAGUCGUAGAUCAUUCCCUCUCUGUAUCUGCUGCUGCUUAAUUAGUUUAAGGUGUCAAAAAUUGAUGGCUGUAAAUAGUAAGUGAUGGGUGGUAUCUGAGUUGAGGCAAGCAAAUGUGGUUUAGGCAGUUACAGAGUUGCUGUAUGUAUAGAAAUGGGUAUUAGAAAGUUUGGGGGCAAUAGAGAAGCAAGAUAUUAUGAGGUGGUUGCUGGAGGUAAUUACCAAUUAGUGUUGUUAAUUUGGUCAAGAGUUUGUUUUAAAGUUUGUAUACCAAUUAUCAUUCAGAAUGUUUGCGAUUUAAUAUACGAUUAUGCAAUAUCUAAAUAUGAUCGAAAUGAAAGUUUAGCA